AUGGGGGCGAGCGGCGCGGCUGCGGUGGCCACGGGGCUGUGGGUCGCGUGGACGCUGGGUGCGACGGCGGAGCCCGGCCAGGCGGCGCCCGGGCGCUGCCUGCUCUCCCACUACCGCUCGCUGGACCCCAGGGCGCUGGCGGCCGUCACGGCGCUGAGAAACCGCUACGAGGAAGAGACGCUGAGCUGGAGGCCGCGCAACUGCUCCUUCCGCGCGAGGAGGGACCCUUCCCGGCCGUCGACGUGCGCCCGGCUUCGCCACGUGGCCCGGAGCCUCGCGGACGCCCGGGCCGUGCUGAGCAGCCUGCAGCGCCCGGAGCUGUACCCGGGCAUCGGCGCGACCCUGGAGCUGCUGGCGGCGGCAGAGCGGGACGUGGUGGCCUGCCUCGAGCUGUUCCGGAGAGGCUCCUCCAGGAAGUCCCCGCGGCCGCCCAGGAGGCGACACAAGAUGGGGAGGCCGGACUCGCCGCGCUGCCACGAAGCCACCGUCGUCUUCAACCUGCUGCGCCUGCUCACGCGGGACCUCAGGCUGGUGGCGCACGCGGGGCCUUGCGUGUGA